GGAGGAAGGGAAAAGAAACGAAACCUAGAGGACUAUUCAGGAACGGUGCUUUCGCGGCUCUCAGGCUAAACAAGGGGUUCCCACUACGACGUCCGUCGCCUGGGGCCGAAAGGAAACGGGGAACCCAAGGACAACCGAGUCCGGACAGCGGCUGGGGGCGGGGCCACAGCAGGGCGGGACUACGGAAGCCGAGAGGGCGUGGGCCGUUCGGCGGAGGAACCACUGCCCCAGCGGAGACGCAGCGUCUUAGUCGCUGGGAAGCUUCUGCUGGGUCAGCGGCAAGAGGGAACCCACGCAGCGUAUCAUCGGCGCCGCCCGGGCCCUGGUGCGCCGGGCCCGCCGGCAGACCUCACGGCCGUCUCCCGGCUGGUCCGGGGGUCCGGGCACCGCCUCGACGGCGGCUCCCCUGGACGCGCAGACCGGACCGCAGCCCGUAUCCGAAGCGGACGGCGUCAUGAGGCACCUGCCGUACUUCUGCCGGGGCCAAGUGGUGCGGGGCUUCGGCCGCGGCUCCAAGCAGCUGGGCAUCCCCACAGCUAAUUUUCCUGAACAAGUAGUAGAUAAUCUUCCAGCUGACGUAUCCACUGGCAUUUAUUAUGGUUGGGCCAGGGUUGGAAGUGGAGAUGUCCACAAGAUGGUGGUGAGCAUAGGAUGGAACCCGUACUACAAGAAUACAAAAAAGUCCAUGGAAACUCAUAUCAUGCAUACCUUCAAAGAGGAUUUCUAUGGGGAAAUCCUCAGUGUGGUCAUCGUUGGCUACCUCAGACCAGAAAAGAACUUUGAUUCUUUAGAGUCACUUAUUUCAGCAAUUCGUGGUGAUAUUGAAGAAGCUAAGAAACGACUAGAUCUACCAGAACAUUUGAAACUCAAAGAAGACAAUUUCUUCCGGGUUCCUAAAAGCAAAAUACUGAAUGGCUAUUAAUGGAAAAUCAUCUUAUUUAUUCAUUCACUGUUUUCACUGUUUAUAACUGUCUAGUCUUCAUCUUGGUUAUAUUUUAAAAAUCAUUUUCCUUCUGUGAAUUAAACAGUACAAUGUAGUUACCAUAUUGUUUCACCUGUUAAACCCAUCAUGUAAUAGCACUACAGAGAUUCAUUUAAAAAUCAAGAUUUUUAAAUAUGUUUAUUAAAAUGUACCACUAAAAAGGUAUUAAGUGUCUCUCGUGAUGAAAAUGAAAUGUUUAUAAAUGUAGGUAAAAAAGUAAGUCACUAGUUUGAGAUUAGAACUA